CCAGAAAGCAACGACAGAGACACGACCAUCCGACCACGGUCGCUCACAACAACACCAUGUCUUACAACGGACGCAUGAGCAUGGCGCGCACCACUACGCACAAUCAGCGGGCACCUCCGGUGAAUGAACACGAUGCCUUUAUCACGCUGCCCGACCAUGAAAUCGCGGGCUGCAUAACAGACAUUGGCAUCCAGUUCAGCGUAUCGGACCUACAGAAGCCCAACCCCCAGAUUAUACAAAAAGUCUUCGAAUGGCUCGCCGAGCUGCUCAUGAACACAACGCGCGAGGUGGUUGCGCCGGCGGUGCGCGCCGCUGCCGAAGACAUGUGCGGAGGGGACUCGGAGCGGCUCUACCCCAGCGACACCAGAGACUUGAUGGGUUUCUUUGUCAUCCUGAGGAAGUUGUUGUGCGAGGCGCAGUGCGGAAUCCAUGACUUUACCUUCAACGACCUGUACAAGCCCACUCAUGGCCGCCUUGUAAAAAUCUUUUCCUACAUGAUCAACUUUAUCCGCUUCCGCGAAUCGCAAACCGAGAUCAUCGACGAGCACUUCAACAAGGCCGAGCGUACCAAGCUCCGGAUCGAACAGCUCUACAACGACAAGCAAGCUAAAGAGGCGCAAUUGGCCGAACUCGAGCGUAACCGUGCCGCCACGCAAAGGCUGAUGCAGGAAAAGGAGAAGCGCAACAACGAGCUCAAGACGCGACUGUUGGAACUGAAGAGAGGGCAAGAGGCAGUAGCGGAGAAGCUGGAGCGUGCUAAGCUCGAGCAGGACCGGCUGAAGAAGCUACUCCAGCAAAAGGUGGAAAACAAGGAGAAUGUCCAGCGGGAGGUGCUGAAACUGAAGCCGUACACGCAACAGAGCCCAACGGCUCUGGAAGACUCGCUGCGCGACUUGAGCGACCGACUCACGGGCGACAAGACGCAAAUCGACAUGCUGGACCGCCGUGCUCGCGCCCUCCAGACGUCGACCGACUCAUUCGCCGUUGUCGCUACCGACGUUACUUCGUGCACACGACUCCUUACCGACGUGCAAGCCGACCUUGGGCGGGAAGAGGAGGAGCUUGCAAAGGCGGCAAGACACCGAGAUGCGCUAGCCGACCGGAGCAACAAUGUGCGCGACGUGGAGCGGCAAGAGCGUCUGUUGCAAAAGCAAUUGAGUAACAUCAAUGCCCGCACCGACAAACUCAAAAGCAAAGGCGACGAAGAGGCAGAACGUGCCCGGAAGCGCAUGGAAGAGCUCCGAGAAACCCACGCCAAGCUGACCGAGGAGCGGGGCGAGAAGGGGCGCGAGAUGGAGCGGCGGAGGGUGCGCAUUGAGCAGACGGAGAAGAAGAUGGCUGAGCUCAAGGACAACAUUGAAAACGAGGUGCAUUCGGCGCACGACGAGUACCUCAAGAUGGAGAGCCACAUCAAGCUGUACAUCACGGAGAUGGAGCAAAGCAUAUAG